AUGCUGCUCCGCACUCUCGCUAGCCGCUCCACCACCGCGCGCCGCGCCCUGACCACCGCCAAGCCGCCAGACCCGGCCGCGCACACGAUGGCCGCCGUCGGCGCGACGGCCGGGACGCUCGGCAGCCUCGCGGGCAUGGGCGGAGGCUUUGUCGCGAUUCCGCUCAUGACCCGGCUGGGAGUCUCGCAGCACACGGCCCACGGGACUUCUCUCGUCGGCGCCGUCUGCACGGGCGCGGCGGGCGCCGCGGCCUACGCGGCCGACGGCGCCGUCGACGUCAAGGCGGCCGCGGCCGUCGCGGCGACGGGCGCGCUGACGGCCGCCGCGGGCGCGCGGGCCGCCGCCGCGUUGAGCGCUGCUACGCUCUCGCGCGCCCUCGGCGCCUUCAUGCUCGCGGUCGCGCCGAUCGUGCCCGGCCGCAACCAGAUUCUCGACGCCAUCGGCGCGACGGACCGCACCAAAACAGGAGACGACCCGGUCCGCGAGGUCGUGCCGCUGCUCGGCGUCGGCGCCGCUGCGGGCUUUCUCGCGGGUUUGUUUGGAGUCGGCGGCGGCGCGGUCGUCGUGCCGCUCCUGGCCCUGGCGACGGACCUCGACCACAAGACGGCGCUGGGGACGUCGCUCUGCGCCAUGGUGCCCACGGGCGUCGCGGGCGUGCUCGCGCACCGACGCCUCGGCCACGUCAAGCUCGCGGCCGCGGCGCCUCUCGGCCUCGGGACGUGCGUCGGCGCCUUCGCCGGCGGCCGCCUGGCGUCGGGCCUCGACGAGGAGCCGAUGCGCCUCGGCUUCGGCGCGCUCAUGGUCGCGCUCGGGGCGAAGACGUUGCUGAAGAAGCCGUAG